AUGGCUUAUACUUCUUUCAUUCUUUUCUUUUUAACUGUUUCUCUAGCUUUGAGCAUGGCAUCCAUGGCCGUCAUGUCCCGACCAUUGGGCACCAGUACUACUAGUACUACCCCAAGCCUCAGGGCUCGAUUAAAACUGGAUGAUGGUGAUCAUGAUCAAUCUCCAAACUGCUGGGACUCUUUGCUUCAGCUCCAUGCAUGCAGCGCGGAGGUUAUACUUUUCUUCGUUAAUGGGGAGACUUAUUUAGGCCCCGGCUGUUGCCAAGCCAUCCGAGUCAUCGGACACCAAUGCUGGCCUGAGAUGUUUGGCUCCCUCGGAUUUACCACGGAAGAGGGUGAUGUUCUCCAGGGCUACUGUGAUGCGGCUGCCCACAUGAUCAAUUCCCCACCACCAUCGCCUUCGCCUCCAUCCGUUUCACCUAACAAAAUUAUGCAGCCGGAAAACUUGGUUCCUUAA